AUGGCCGACCAGGAAGUGGAUCUGGACUCUAUCAUUGAUCGGCUGCUGGAGGUGAGGGGCAGCCGGCCGGGCAAGCAGGUGCAGCUGUUGGAGUCCGAAAUUCGCUAUCUCUGCACCAAGGCCCGAGAGAUCUUCAUCUCUCAGCCGAUACUGCUGGAGUUGGAGGCCCCGAUCAAGAUCUGCGGUGAUAUCCACGGCCAAUACUACGAUCUCUUGCGGUUGUUUGAAUACGGCGGAUUCCCUCCGGAGGCCAACUACCUUUUCCUCGGCGACUACGUCGACCGUGGCAAGCAGUCGCUCGAGACCAUCUGCCUCCUUCUGGCCUACAAGAUCAAGUACCCGGAGAACUUCUUUGUUCUGCGCGGGAACCACGAGUGCGCCUCGAUCAACCGUAUCUACGGAUUCUACGAUGAGUGCAAGCGACGAUACAACAUCAAGCUGUGGAAGACGUUCACGGAUUGCUUCAACUGCCUUCCCAUUGCAGCCAUCAUUGACGAGAAGAUCUUCACCAUGCACGGCGGUCUGAGCCCCGAUCUCAACUCUAUGGAGCAGAUUCGCAGGGUCAUGCGCCCCACGGAUAUCCCCGACUGCGGCCUGCUCUGUGAUCUUCUGUGGUCCGAUCCUGACAAGGACAUCACUGGCUGGAGCGAGAACGACCGUGGUGUAUCGUUCACUUUUGGUCCGGAUGUGGUCUCGCGUUUCCUGCAAAAACACGACAUGGACUUGAUAUGCCGCGCUCAUCAAGUCGUGGAGGAUGGGUACGAGUUCUUCUCGAAGCGUCAGCUGGUCACUCUAUUCAGCGCACCCAACUACUGCGGUGAAUUCGACAAUGCGGGAGCCAUGAUGAGUGUCGACGAGAGUCUUCUCUGUUCCUUCCAGAUUUUGAAACCAGCGGAAAAGAAACAAAAGUACGUCUACGGUGGCAUGAGCUCCGGCGGGCCCGUUACUCCUCCGCGCAAGCAAAAGAAGAAAUGA